AUGACAGAAAAAGCUCAUUUUGGUAUCAAAGGAAUUUCCCAUCGAAAGCUAAAAAAAGCUUGGCCAACACCAAGUAUUUUUGCUUCUCCUAAUUUCGACAGCAAUGAGCUGCAAAAUAUCACACAAGAUGCAUCCAUUCAAACUCCUGAUAAUCCUGCUUCAUUUGAAGUUAAUGAAGAGUCCAUAUUAGAAAAGCCCAAAGAAGAGUGAAAAUGAUCACCAGAGGACAAUAGCGACCUACUCCAAGAAGAAUUCAAAAGCCCAGAUAAAAAAAUAUCUUGAAGCCCUGACAAAAGGCUUGAAGAAAUAUAUAAAGAAUGUUCAAAAAAUUUGGUCGAAGAUGAAAAAUCCAGCCUGUUCAGGGUUUCUGUUUUCCCCAAAAUAAAGCUGACUAAAGAGCUUGUGGAGUUCAAACAACUAGUUUCAGCUUAUCAAAACUUAGGAGAAGCCCCUAGAAAGAAAAAUAUGCAGCUAAGAUCGUCAAGAUCAGUAUCCCCAACUAAAAGAAAGCGGUCUAAUUCUGAUCGAUCUAUAUUGGGGUAUCAAUAUAAAGAUUUUAUUACCAAAUUGAGCAUCGAAAAAAGGAUGGCAAAAUGCAAAAAUUGUAAUAGUGUAUAUUGUGUAUGUCCAGAUAAAAUCAGUGAUGACUUUUUGAAAGAAUUUUUAAAGGAGCACGAAAAAAAAACUUCAAGGUGUGAAGAAAUCAAGCAGGAAAUUGGGAAUAUCCAGUCAGAAGUAGAAAGACAUUUGUAUAGAUAUAGAUUAAGGUCAAAGCCAGAGUCUAUUUCGACGAAGAACUUUUUUGUAGGAGAGGUAAAUGAUUAUGAAUCUCCACCGAAAUGAAUUUUUCAUCCAAAGCAAAGGUUAUCGACACCAGCUGAAAGGGCUGUAAAAACACCAAUUCCUGCAGGGAGAAGGUCAGAAACCCCUGGGGUAAAAGUAUCUGCGUUCAGUCAUAAUGCAUUUAGCAAUGGCUAUGAUCCUAUAUUUAAAGUUGUCCAGGCAGGGUUUUCGCAGCGAAAAUCCUCAAGAAAAGAAAAUUCAUCCCCAAGAUAA